UCUGCACUGAUGAAGGGAACAAUCACAGAGCUGUCUGACUGUCCGUUCACACAUGCAAACAUGCAAUUUGUCAGUCCCGCCACCUCCAAGCCUGUCUGUCGGGGCCGAAAGACGCAAAAGACGCCAACGCACCAUUAAACCCACAGGAUGGAUAAAAGAGUCGAAAGAAAAGAGGCCAGCGAUGCACAGUCAGGGCCAAAAAACACCCUAACGACACGCACAACCGCCUACAUGGGACCAGCCAGCUUUCACUCUGUCAGCUUAUACACAUGCACACCACGAUCCGAGAAUAUAAAUGUCUUCUCCUCGACACAGUCGCCUUCGAUCGUCCAUCAGGGCUCCGCUGUCGCGUAAUACUUGUCGAGCACCGCCAACACAACAGACUGAAACAGACACACAGACUUGGGAACGGCUCACAUCUAUGAGACGGCCCUGCCAACUGAGGGCAGAAAAAGAAAAGGCCCGUCAGAUCGGUCGGCGACCCCACACGCAAAAGACACCAACGCACCAUUAUCAAUGAAAUAGUUCAAAGCGUCGAAACGAAAGAGGCCAGCGAUGCACAAUAAGGGCCAAAAAGCACCCUAACGACACGCACAACCGCCUACAUGAGACCAGCCAGGUUUCACUCUAUCAGCUCUACACACGUGCACACGACGAUCCGACAAUAUAAAUGUCUUCUCAACACAGUCGUCCAUCAGGGCUCCGUUGUCGCGUAAUACUUGUUAAGCACCUCCAACACACUCGACUGGAACAAAUGAUCGCUGUUCUGCACCAAACAUACACACAUACGAUUGGUGGGGUGGAUGCAGCCCGGCCAGCCCCCCUCUCUCUCUCUCCCACCUCAUGGUUGUUGAGUGUGCCGGCCAUGACGAGCCCAUAUUCGGGGAUGCCGUAGGCAAAGGACCGCCCGUAGCCGCUGUGGCCGAUGAUGCUGCCGGCCCCGUAUACCCUCUUGUUGAUCCCAAGCCCAUAAGACACGCCUUCCUCGUCAGUCGGCUCGAAGUUGGUCAUCGCCUCCAGGCUCUCGGGCGACAUCAGCCGGCCGCUAAACAAGGCUUUCAGGAACGCACACAGGUCACUCGCAUCGCUGGGGGACAACAAGAGCAACGACAGGAGGACAUGUGCCCAUUUUGCUCGGCUCCUCUCUGCGUGAAUGUGCAUGUGUGCUUGCAGACCUUGCCAUGGCUCCUCCCGCCCAUUCAGCGGUAUUGCGGGGCGUGGCCCGCAUGUCGAUCAAUCCCAGGCCACCUUCGAUAGCAUACCGAGCUACCUCGCCAUCGGGAUUGCUGCCCACACACACAAGUGUGGAUGGACGGAUGAGUGCAUAUCUAUGCGGGUGCACGAUUGCUGCUUACGGAUUAUCUUCUCGGUAUUGCGAGUAGGUGUUGUUCAUCCCAACUGGGCCGAAGAUGCGCUCGCUGUACGACUGGCUGAGCGGUUUGCCCUCCACCUUCUCGAUGAUCAGCCCUGCCAGCAUGAACCUGACAAGGGCAGAAACAACACACAAUACAACACACAUGGGCACACAAAAAGAGCACUGUGUGUAUGUUUUCCGCGUGUACUUACGCGGUGUCAGUGUAUUCGUAUCUGCCGGGGGUGCCAGGAGGGAAAUGGGCCUCCACCUCUGCGGGGUAGAUGAGCGUCUCGGCGCCAAGCCAAUACCUGACACCCACACGCAUCCCACUCACACUCACACCCACAAUCCGCCUUCUCUGGUGAUUUUCUCUUCAUACUGACCUGUCGGCCUCCCUCUCGUAGUCGCCAAGGAAGGUGUCCAGGUCCCAGUAGUUCUGCACUCCCGACCGGUGGUCCAGCGUCAUGCGCACGGUGAUGUUGGCCGUGUAGGUGGUGUUGCCGAUCCGGUGCAAAGACUCGGGGAUGACGAAGCCGCCGCCCUCGCCCACCGAAGGGUCGUCGCCCACCACACCCACCUCUGAUAUGUUGCCGAGGACGAGAUACUCAGUGAUGGGGUCGUCAAGGGACACCUUGCCUUCAUCCUGCGCGGGCAUCCAUCCAUCCAUCCAUCCCAAGUGUGUGUCCGCCUGUCUCUGCCUGUCGAUCUCACCACCAGCUGCAUCAUGACGACCGCUGUGAACAUCUUGCCGAUACUGGCAAUCUCGAACUGCAUGUCGGGUGUGGUGGGUGUGUCGCUGGGGUCGCUGUUGUUGGUCCUGCGGCCGGCCGCGCCCUCGAACACCACACCAGCGGACGGGUCAAGCGACUCGACCCGAAGGAUUCCGCUCCCGUAAUCGCCGUUGAAGCCAACCUGAAGGUCGAGAGCCUCCUGCAAAUGACAUACACACCCACAGACAAGCAGUCAAGCAGUCAGAUGACACAAUGACAUGCACUCACUUCCCUAGUGUGCAUGUGCAUGUGCAUGUAGGUACCUGGAGAGCGCCCUGCACGUCGAGAUCUGUCCUGUUUUCAAUCAGGGGGAACACGGACUGGGGCUCCUCUAUCUCGCGAAGCUCCAGACGGCGACGCAGCCUGGCAUUCGAGCAGCUGGCGAGGCCCAACGAGGCAGCAGCGAGAAGCAGCAGCAGACUCUGUGACGGACUCAUGGUCAUGGCCGGUCUGCUGAAUGAAUGGGGUCGAGUACAGCCAAGGCGUUCAGAGGUCUGCCC